AUGGAUAAACGUCCUAGCGACAUUCAGCAAACUUCAAGUUUUCCUGAUCCUUUAGCGAGGAUUUCAAAACGAAAAAAAGAAGAACGAAAACAAGUCAUUCGACUUGGAUUUCCUUCUAUUUCUACAAGUUUUGGCGAAUUUCCAAUUGAUACUGCUGCGGAAAUCGGAUGUGAGGUAAUAAAAGAAUUUUUAAAUUCACAUAAUGAGACCGAUUUUGAAUUGAUAUUAAUUGAAAAAGAUACCAAAGCUUUAAAUGCGUUUGAUUCGAAAUGGAGAGAGAUCAAAAAUGAUUUGGAUGAUCUUAAAUUUCAAAUUAAAAAUGGAAAUUUAUUGCAGACUAAAGAUGAGUUUGGAAUUGAGUGUAGGUUCAUUGUUGCUGAAAUAACUUGGAGAAUGAAGCUAAAUACAAAUCAUUUAAGCAAACAAAUUCUUAAUGCCGUUGGAUCAAGGUUGCCUGAGGAAGUAAAACGGUUAUAUCCAAAUCCCGGUAUUGUUGGCGAAGCGUAUCCUGUAUCAAUUCCAAACGAUUCUAUUCUACAUAAAGAUGAAGGCAUUGAAAAGUUUCAUUCAAAGAAGCAAAAGAGUUACUCAAAAAAAACGUAUAAUUCUAUGAUGAACGCGUUUUUAGAGUUAAAGAGUGGAAGGGAAUAUCAUCCUGCUACAACAAAGAAGGAAAACCCACAAGUAAAAUCUGCAUUUGACAUUUUGAUGAAAUCCUCAAGCCAAUCAUCAACAAAUUCAUCUGAAUCUUCUUUAAAACGACCUUUACCCAAAUUGGGAGGUGGAGGGUGGACAAAUGUUUUAUUUCCAUAUUGUCAAAAGCCCGAAACAUUUCCAAAAUCUGAAGUAUAUUGCUACGAUGAUGAAUCUGUUAUUAUCUAUGACAAAUAUCCUAAAGCGAAAAAACAUUUAUUAGUAAUUCCAAGAAAACGUAUUGAUAAUAUUGAAGAAUUGAAGAAACAAGAUUUAGAAUUGAUAAAAAAAUUGAAAGAGAAAGGACAGGAGAUUAUCGAAAAGAUGAAACAAGAAAAUCCAAAAUUAGGUUUCCGAAUGGGAUUUCAUGUUAUUCAAAGUUUAAAGCAGCUUCAUAUGCAUGUAAUUUCACAAGAUUUUAUUUCAUCUUAUUUAAAAAAUAAGAAGCAUUGGAAUUCAUUUACAACCGAAUUUUUUAAGGAUGUAGAAGAAAUUGAGAAGAAAUUAGAAGAACAAGGAUAUAUCAAG